AUGCUAUAUAAUUGGUCAUGUCCCGAUACUGGAUCGUCAUACAGAGAUAUUACUAUAAUUCAUUCAUUAAUUGCUGAAAUGAGCGAUCGAAGUGGAUUGGCUGCUGUUGAGGACUUGAAUACUGUGCUGAAUACUACCCUUGAUGAGUUCGUGGAAAGACAUCCUGAAGUUCUCAUUAUCGAUGAUUCUACCACCCUGGAAGAGUUCGUGAAGCAGUAUGUCCAAGACCACCCGUCAGAUAAGUCCGUCUGCAUUUUUGAUCUCACUAGCGUCUUGGUUCAGUAUAAGACAUGGUUCAACGUAUUUGGGGAUGUCCAACCUUUCUACGCCAUGAAGUGUAAUCCUAAUCCGAAGUUGAUGGAUUUGAUGUGCUCACUUCCUGGAAUGUGCGUUGAUUGCGCUGGUGUUGAGGAAAUCAACAUGUGUUUGAGUCGCGGAAUCAAGCCCGAUCAUAUCAUUUUUGCGAAUCCGAUAAAGUCGGUGGAGGGUAUUGAGUGUAUGCGAAAGAACGGAAUUUGGACAGGAACAGUUGAUAGUAUUGAAGAAGUGCAGAAAAUGCACGAUGUCUUAGGUGAAGAUGCUAAGCAUUGCCGUAUUGUAAUUCGUUUAUGGGUGGACGAUAGCCACUCGAUCAUUGCUCUGGGCAGUAAGUUCGGAUGCCACCUUAGCGAAGUUCGUGGCAUUCUCAAUCAAGUGCAACUUUGCGGAAUGGAAGCGGUGGGCGUUGCCUUCCAUGUUGGUACUGGAAAUGAGGACCAGUACGCAUACGAAAAGGCUGUGCGUGACUCCGCCGAAGUGUUUAAAAUGGCGAAAGAGUUCGGUUUUACGAUGACCCUGUUAGAUUUGGGUGGUGGUUGGGCCGGUGAUUUAGGCAAUGACAAGUUUGAAAACCCAUCCUUAACCAGCGUCUGUGGCAUUAUUCGUGAUGCCGUAAAGAAGCACGAAGUGUUCAGCACGGAGGGCUUCCGUAUGAUCUCGGAGCCCGGCCGUUACUUCAAUAACAACACGGUGAGUGUUGCGUGCAAAGUCCUGAACGUGUCAAAGCGCGGAGGACGGACUGUUUACAAGAUCAACGAGGGAGUGAUGGGCGUUUUCCACGAUUUGAUUCUCUGUGAUAUGAAUUUCGAUGUGGAGCCAUUGGUGGAGGGUGAGAAGCACCCCGCCUCGAUUAUUGGAUCGUCGAUUAUGCAGAAAGAUGUGGUGCUUUCGAAUAUCGACCUUCCGGAGAUGAAGGUUGGAGAUAUCAUUUUGUUUAAGAACAUUGGCGCAUAUUCCGUGUCGCUGACGACGUUGCCUCUGCGAAGAAAUCAGGAUCAUGUCUACAUCGUAAGGAGAUCAUCGUUAUGCCAGCACAAAUAAGAAA